AUGGUCACCGGAGCGGCGGCGGCGGGCGCGGACGCCGCUCACCUCCUUCCCCGCCGCCCACCGCCCGAGGGCCGGGCGCCGCAGCCCACCUGCAAGCGGAGGGUGGGACCCGGGCCGGGAGGCGGGUCCAGCGUGGCUCGGAGCGGAGGCGGGACCCGGCUCAGGUGCGGGUCCGGAGCGGACGCGGUGCACCGGGGAGCGCGGGCUCGCCUCACGCCCCCGCGUAGCCUUCCUCAGCCCCGGCGGGCGCGUCCGAGAACGGCCCGGGCUCGGACUGAGGAUGGAGCGCGGCCAGGCAGGGCUGGGCUGGGCUCGGGGGCGUCGCCGCCAGGGGCCGCCCCCUCUGACCGGCUCCCGCCGCCGCCGCCUCGGGGGCACAGAGCGCCGGCUCAACGUGAGGGGCGCGCCCGGCCCGGCUUCUGUCCGCCUGGACUAGGCUCGCUCCUGCGGAACGCGCAGGCCGGCCCGCUAACUCUCAGGCCGCCGCUCCGGCCGCUGCUCGGGCUCCGGCUCGCGCUCCUCUGUGAAACCCACAAGCCCGGCAGCCGCGGCGCUGGCGGCGGCGGCAGGCGGCAUCCCAGGGUGAUAGGCCGGAGCAAUCGAGAGCCGAGCGCACGGCCGCGUGUGCAACCCAGUAACCGAGCGGAGGAGGAACUGCCGCCGAAGACAGCAAAAAUCGGGCACCGAGAUACUCAUCGGGCCAGGCCCGCCUACUUUCCAAAGUCUGUUCCGCCCGACCGCCUCUCUGUGCGUGAUCCUUGA